AUGCUAGAGACUGUUUCGCGCAAUCUGCACGUUGAAAAGAAUGGUAAACGGUACCACCCAUCGUUAUUCUUGAAAGUUCUUCUGAUGAUGGGAGGACCCAGAAUCGCUAUAUUUGUGGCAAUAAACCUGGGAGGCCCUGAAAUACAUUCCAUCUACCGGUGGCGCAAUCAACAUCGCAUCAUUGUUCCUGAAAAGCCCCUUUGGGGAGGUAACAAAAAGUAUGUAUGUAUGUAUGUUGACAGUGGAGGGAUUCAAGAAAGCAAUUUCAAGAAACUUGGUCCACUGUACAAAGAAGCCAUGGCUAACAUCACUUCCUCUUCUGUACCUGUCCUAGCUGCAGAGGAUGAGACAGCCAUUAUUGGCCAUGUAACUUACCAUCAGGAUAGAGAUGAGCUCUUGGGCUUUUGUGGGCUUAAUGGACAACACCAUGCAUGCCUUGACUAUUUUGCUCUUAAAGUUGAGGAUGGCGAGAAAAGUUUCACGAAUAUCGUUAAUGCCUUCAAGGAGUACAAGAUCGGUACCUUCGGUAGGGCAAUAUUGCUCAACCCACUCCAUCCAAAUCUUCCCCACAUUGCCGUCCUGGUUAUGCCCACCUGUAACAAGUUUGACCACCACUUUGUCUAUCAGCAGUGGCAAGAAGUAGAGCGACUUUAUGACCAAGAGUUUAAGAACAUCGUGGGUCCCCCGAUCGGUAACAGUUCUGAUGGAAACUCGCGGAGGUGGAAAAUAAUGCUACAGCUCGCCGCGGUCGAUGUUGGUAACAGAUUCAGGCCCAUUCCUCGAAAUAUAAGCUUUAUUUUUUCUUGCAGAAAGCUGGACACAGGCGAGAAUGGUUAUCAUGUGUGA